UGCCCGCCGACGCCGACGCCAGCGAAGGGCAGAGUGAGCCCUGCGCACGCCGAGCCGGGCGGCGCGGCCGCGGGCGGGGGCGGGGCCUGCGGCGCGAGCCCCGGGGCGCAGCGGAGGUACGAAGAAAACUUGCUUGAUGUCAUACAACCAGUAGUCAACCGAGUUGGGGCCUUGACUUCAGUUAGUCGGAUGCCAAAGCCUACCAUGCUCUGAAGCCAGGCAGGUGGCUCAAGAUGUGGUCUUUUGACCCCCUACAUCAGCAUCAUGGAAGAACAUGGAUUCCCAGGUCUUGACUAGGUCUCUCCAGUCAGAAUUACAAUGGAGCUGAGAUUCUGCCUGCUUAACAAGUUCCCCAGGUUGGAGAGAAGCCUGGCCCUGGCCAUCAGGAAUCUGAUGCUGACCUUGGCUGUCCUUACCUAUUGGGCAGAUGUACGCUGGGCCAAUGUCCUGGACCCAGCACAGAAAUUACAGCCUACUUGUGGAAGCCCGCAGCAGGCCAGAAAGGCUCCUGUCCAAGGCCAAACCAUCUUGCCAUUGUAUUAUUGCUCCAAACAGGAAGGGGCCUCUCCAAUUCUGACGGAAAAGCAGGCCAAGCAGCUCCUGAGAUCCCGACGGCAGGACAGGCCGAGCAAACCUGGGUUCCCUGACGAGCCCAUGCGGGAGUACAUGCAUCAUCUGCUCCGCCUGGAGCACCGGGCCGAGGAGCAGUUCCUGGAGCACUGGCUGAAUCCUCACUGCAAGCCCCACUGUGACAGGAACGUGGUCCAUCCCGUGUGAGGGUCUCGGGACCAGCCUCUGCAAGCAUUUUCACAAGCACCCACCUGGCUACUGUCGAAACAGGACGAGGCUCCUUCUUUCGUUUGUUUUUCAGUUGCGGAAAUGGAUGGGUUCAGACCUUGUGAGCUGUGGGCACAGCAGAGGUUGCUUUGGGGAUUGAUGGCAAAUAUAUACACGCUGCUUCAUUUUACUAACCUGUGUCAGCCACUAAAGCCAAUAGCUUAACGUAUAACGCCCCCCCCCCCCCCCCCCGCCAUGGUCUUCCUACAGGUUUGAUUGGGUGGGCAGAAGGGGGAGCUUCCCUGGGGCUGAUGAGCGGGCAGUUGGGGCAAGCUGCCCACCCUGACAACUCGAGGAAGUCUUGCACUGAGGAGUGAAGCUCACCAGGGGGUCGGUGGGGGGGACGGGCGCUGCGGAGCUG